CGGCGGUAAUAAGUGACCACACACACGCUCUCUGUGUAGAAAUCAGCAUUGUCAGGAAUUCGGGAUUCAGCAUUUGAAUACACGCUUUUAUGUGAGUUUUCCAAUUCUUAAUGCAUUUAAGAAUGGCGUAAUCUGGAAAGAGUGAAUUAUGAUUGCGGAAGAAGGCUGUAUCUUAUGUUUGCACUCCAAGUGUUCAACCAUUUGUUUAAGAGAAUUUUAAAUACAUAAAAAAUGUUGAUCUUUUCACAACUGCAUAAAUUUCACAAACUUGUGCUCAUCAAUAGAAGCGGGGGGUUUAAAGCAUCGUUGGGUUACACGUGGGUCCAAAUUAUGCACAAAACAACUGGAGGAAGAAAACCCAAGAAGAAAAUUUAUCAUAGAGUGCACGAGCUGGACAGAGUAAUGGAGCUCCAGAAGAAACCAUCUCUUAUUUUACAGCUCAAGUCCAUCAUCCAAUCCCAGAAAAAGGAGUCUCUUUUACUAAGAGACCUUGAAAAAGAAGUUGGGUUUGUGCAGAAAUGGAAUUAUAUGGCUGUCAUUGAAAAAUACCCAUCCAUUUUCGUCGUUAUUGGUGGCAAAAUUGACAAGUCACCACCUGCAGUUAUGCUUAGCGAGAAGGCAAAAAAGAUUGCAGAUUUGGAAGCUGAAGCAACGGUGCAAAUGGAACCCAUUUUGGUUAAGAAUUUGAGGAAGUUAUUGAUGCUGUCAGUUGACUGUAGGGUGCCUUUAGAAACAAUUGAGAUGAUUGGGAAUGAGAUGGGAUUGCCCAGUGACUUCAAACAAUCAAUUAUUCCAAAGUACCCCCAAUUUUUUUCUCUGAAAGAUGUCAGCGGGAGAUGGUAUCUGGAUUUGGAGAAUUGGGAUUCCUCGCUGGCGGUAACUGCCCGAGAGGAGAGGCUGGCACGUGAAGGGUUGUUAAACACCAGUGGGCAUCCGAAGAGAGCUAAGAUAUCAAAAGAUGGUAACUUUUCAGGCCCUCAUGCAUUUCACUUAGAUUUUCCUGUAGGUUUUAGGGCAAAUGUGAGUUAUCUGGAGGAAGUUCAGAGGUGGCAGAAAAUGGACUUCCCUUCUCCAUACUUGAAUGCAAGGAGGAUUGAAGCUGCUGAUCCUAAAGCUCGGAAAAGAGCAGUGGCGGUGCUUCACGAGCUCCUGAGUUUAACUAUGGAGAAGAGGUUGACUUCUGCACAACUAGAUGCUUUUCAUUCCGAGUAUCGUCUACCAGCUAGAUUGCUACUUUGCUUAAUUAAGCAUCAUGGUAUCUUUUACAUCACUAAUAAAGGCGCAAAGAGUACUGUUAUCCUGAAAGAGGCUUAUGAUGGAUCAGACUUAACUAAUAAAUGCCCCCUUUUGAAAUUUAGGGACAAGUUUUUAGAACUUAUGGGUAGGAGAGAUGUCAGUUCAUGUAUUGGGGCAUCAUCUUCUGUUACAAAUUGAAAAGCUCGUCUUGAUGAUAUUAUUAGAUUUUUAUCAAUAAUACCUCUUUUGCUUGGCAGUUUUAUAUCUCCUGUAAGUUGUUUUACAUUUCAUUGCUAAGAGUUAAAAAGGCGAUUAGUAUUAUUGGAAGCAACAUUUUUUGUUUCUCUUUUUGUAACUUGAGGGUAUACACACAUGUAUCUCAUUAAAGUUAAA